AUGCUUUUUCUAGCUGUGAAUAUGAGUUAUCUUUCGGUCAGAGUAAUCGUUUUGAACUUUUCAGCAACGACAACGACCGUGCCAACGACGACGACAGAGCCGCCAAAUCGUGAGAUUCUUGUCUAGAUUCAAUCACUGAAGAGUCCAGCUUGCACAAACUGCCCAAGCGUCUACCAGCCGAGCUGCCUCGGCGGCGCCGUCUCUGACGUCUGCGCCAGUUUCGUCGACGCCGGCGUCUCAUACGUCCAAGCCCUCACAGGAAUAACCACCACUUGCACGUCAGUUGAUUCUUGUUCCUUUCUCUUUAAGUAUUCAGAGGGACAAGGGGCUCUUUUUUAAUAAAUAAAUAAUUCGUCUAGUUUUUUUCUCGCGAAUCAGUGUUUUGAAGGCUGGUGAUGACUUGUCCCAUUGGGUCUUUCGUCCAGUACAAAGUUCCGAUCGUGGGAACGAUUCUCCCGUGGGCAGGAGUCGUCGUUUCUUCGUGCGACGAAUCUGUCGGCACCUGGAUGCUCGGAGUGCCGCCCCUCACUGCCGAAUUCGCCGAUAUCACCUGUAAAUUUGGAACUCCCUGA